AUGCCCUUUGUUCAGAUUGCUUGGCUUCCCAAGGCUUGCCGCACCGCAGCGGUCCGCAAGGACGUGGCCGACGCUAUUAUCAAGGCCAUGGUCAGUGUGAAGGCGGCAGAUAUCUCACCCGACAACCUGGUGGUUCGAUUUUCGGAAUCGGUCGAUGGGUUUCCAUUGCCUAAGGGACACAGUGCCAACCCGGACUUGCAAGCACCGCAAAAGCCAGGUGCUGAAGCCUUUCUAGCCGAGAAGUAG